AUGAGCGUAUGGGACGUGUGCAGAGAUGCUCUGCAUACCACUACCCCCACCGCGAUAGCAAUCUUCACCGCAAUCACCAUUGCAACCCUCCUAAUCACCCGCAUAUCAUCCAGCAGCCCGGUUGGUGCGCCUUCUAUCCAAAGACAAGAUGGCACUUCUCAGCUCGUUCCCAGAGUACCCUACUGGAUUCCAAUCCUCGGCCAUCUUCCCAAUCUCGUCUUCAACGCAACCGACUUUUUCGCACAUCUGCGCAAGACGUACCCCGACGGAAUAUUCGCCCUCAGUAUCCUGGGCAAGCAGCACAGCGUGAUCCACACCCCGGGCCUGACAACCGCCCUCAUUCACACAAAGUUGGAGAAUGCCACUUUCGAAGAAACCAGCGAAACCUUCCUGCAACGCGUCUUUGGCUUUCCAACCAAGAGCAUGACCAAAUGGUAUGCCGCCAGGGAUGAGUUGAUGGCGUGCUACAAGACUCUCCUCUCCGAGCCUUCUCUCGGCCACAUGGUGGACAAGACUGCCACGAAAGCACGGGAGAAUAUAGUCAACCUGGUCAGUUUCGCUGGUAGCCCUGUCGAUGAGAUGCCAUGGGAGCGAAAUGGAGACAUCAGAAUUACCAAAAAUGCCGCGGGGGAGGAAGUGGUGGAGGCGAGUCUGCUACCCCUGAUUCGCGACUUCUGUGCCCACACCGCCAUUCCCACGUUAAUGGGCUCGGAUUUCCUCGUCAAUUUCCCUGACUUCCCGACUUCGCUUUGGACGCUCGAUGCUGGCUUCAUCCUCCUCGCUACCGGUCUGCCCCGCUGGCUGCCCGUCCCCGUACUCACACGAGCGCACAUUGCGAAGAAACGAAAUCUAGAUUGGAUUACGCAAUUCGAACGGGCGUUGGAGAAGCAAGCCAAUGGCCAAGAUCCGGGGACAGAAUGGAGGAAUAUCGGCGAAGAAGGGGACGUGGGUUCCUUGGUAAUGGCGAGAUUAGAGGUCUACCGCAAACACAACUGGACCUGUCCCGAGCGCGCAGCAAUCGAGCUUUCCCUCCUCUGGGCCGCAAACGCAAACUCCAACUCCCUCGUCUUCUGGAUGAUCGUCCGCAUCUGCGCCGACCCUGACUUGCUAACAAAGAUCCGCGAGGAGUUCGCUCCCUACAUCCACGCCGUGCAGCCGCAAUCCGACCUUCCCAUCCCCGAAGCUCCCCGCAUCGACAAGUUGGACGUCGACGGCCUCUGCGCUCAUUGCCCUCUGCUGAAAAGCUGCUACAUCGAGUGCUUGCGCGUCGACACGGCGUCGUGGUCGUUCAAGGUCGUCAAGCAGGAUUUCGUGCUGCAGGCGCGGGAGAAGGAGGCGCAGGCGUGGCUUCUGCGCAAGGGGCAGUAUGCCCAUGCCGGGCACGAUUUGCACAAUAUGGACCCUGCGUACUUUCCCGAGCCGGAGGUUUGGAAGGUGGAAAGGCAUAUCAAGUAUGAGGAGGCGGAGGGAGAGAAGCGAGGGGUUGCGAAUAUGGGGUCCAUCCGGCCGUAUGGAGGAGGACAUAGCAUGUGCAAAGGCCGAUCGUUUGCCUUCAAAGAGUGCAUACUGUUCGCGGCUGUCAUUCUUGCUCUCUGGGACAUUGAGCCGGCUGGGGGCGGUGCAUGGCAGAUUCCGAAACACAGACGAGCAACGGGAGUGUAUGGCACGGGCGACAAUGUGCGCGUAUGGUUGAAGCGGAGGAAACUUCCUCCUGCAGAGGGAUAG